GGAGGGAGAUGCAUAUCGUGCCAUCUGAAGACAAGCAGACAAGCGCGGGAAUCCUCCUUUUUUUAUCUGCCAAUAGCACAAUUCCCGGUUUACAGUGAAGAGUGAUUUCACCAAAUGCGCUGUAGUGGGAUUCAGCGUGCCACUACAACAUGCACACAAAGACUGCAGCUCCGCUCUUCCCAGAACACCAAACCUGAGGAUACGGGACUUCAGAUCGAGAACGGGAUAAUCUUUCCGUCGCCCACAUCUGUAAGUUGCGCAAAUCGGAGCCGAUCCCUUUUUAUCUUCUGGAAGGACUGGGGAUUUUGGUGCAGGGGACUGAAGGAUACUGCUGCCAGUUGGUGCACAAAGACGCGCGGCUCCUUGUUGGAUUCAAUCUGCAGUCCACCUAACACCAACUGCAUUGCCAUAACCGUGGGAUAGAGUGUAUGUAUUAUGAAACUAUGCGCCCGGAGAUUUUCUGCUGAACUCUUGGCGGAUCGUCGCGCUCGUGUCCGCAUGUGGAGUGCACACCGCCACUCUUUGAAACAACUACAAUGUGGUGCGCAAAGUGAGCGGGGGGAAUGUUGCAUCCAAGCGCAGCGAGCGACGAGCGGGACCGUGACUUCCAGAGCGUGUCCGCCGACCCGUGAACGCCGCACUCGAUGUGGAGCCUGUCGCUGUCCGACGCGCGUGUGGUGCUGAAAUUUGGAUGAUGCCCAGCCAGCGACUGCAGGGCUGCCGCUCCCUGCACCUGAACGAGGACAACGGCCGCUUCGUGCUGCUCGCCGUCCUCAUCCUGGUGUACCUGCUGUGCGGCGCUGCGGUCUUCUCGGCCAUAGAGAGGCCCUCGGAGCUGCGGGCUCACGGCCGCUGGAACGGGACGCUCCUUAACUUCAGUGAGACCUUCAACAUCAGCCUGCAGGAGCUCAACUCUUUCCUGCGGGAGUACGAGGCCGCCAUAGCCGCCGGGAUUCGGGCUGAUGCUCUGAGACCGAGAUGGGAUUUUACGGGCGCUUUUUAUUUUGUUGGAACUGUGGUGUCGACUAUAGGGUUUGGGAUGACGACGCCUGUGACGAUUGCUGGGAAGGUGUUCCUGAUAUUUUACGGCCUUCUGGGCUGCGCUGCCACGAUCCUCUUCUUUAACCUCUUCCUGGAGCGCAUCAUCACACUCCUGGCUGUGGUGAUGAAGGCCGUGAGGGAGCGGAGAAUCAGGAACAGCGGCCUCCUUCCGCCGGGGAUCCGACACGACUUCUCCGCCUACUCUCUCCCGGGGUGGAAGCCCUCGGUGUACCACGUGAUGCUGAUCCUGGGGCUGUCGGCCAUUACCAUCUCCUGCUGCGCCUCGGCCAUGUACAGCCCCGUGGAGGGCUGGGCCUACCUGGACUCGCUCUACUUCUGCUUCGUCACCUUCAGCACCAUCGGCUUCGGAGACUUUGUCAGCAGCCAGGGCGCGGCGUACGAAUACCAAAGCCUCUACAGGGUGGCCAACUUCUGCUUCAUGCUGAUGGGCGUCUGCUGCAUCUACUCGCUCUUCAACGUCAUUUCCAUCGUCAUCAAGCAGGUGCUAAACUGGAUGCUGGAGAAAAUGAGCUGCCUGUUUUGCCAGCGCUGCAACAAGGCCAACGCCUUCCUGGCGAGGCGCAACGCCAUCCGCCCGGGCUCCAAGGCCCGCCAGGGUCGGCCCGGCCACCAGCCCGACUCGGACGGGCCGUGCGACAGCGACACGGAGGGACGGAGGCUGUCGGGGGAAAUGAUCUCCAUGAAGGACCUGGCGGCGUCGAACAAGGUGUCGCUGGCGUUGAUGCAGAAGCAGCUGUCGGAGUCUGCCAACGGCUAUCCCAGGACGGUCUGCGGCAGCUCCCGCCACAACGGCUUCUCCGGGGGGGUCGGGGCCCUGGGCAUCAUGAACAACAGACUGGCAGAGACGAGUAACUCCAGGUAGAACGCGUAAAAAAAAAAAAGGCAGGAAAGAAAGCGUCCAGGCUCCUCCCAAACCUUACAGCAGAAACCCCCGACGUGUUUUUGAAAGGGUAACUUGUUAUGCAUGAGAUGUAUCAUUAUUUUUAUUUAUUUUUUUUAUACUCCUGACUGGGCUUACAGACCUGCUGUGAGGAUGACGGCAUGAAGAGAGAGAAUGACAGCGCUGCUCUUAAAGCAUGGUGACCAUGUUCCCAAACCUGAAGCAUCUAAAGGAAUCGGGUUGGAGCUCAUCAGAGCUGUCGAGGCUGAAUCCUUGUGCCGUAAAAAGAGCCAAGAGAAGACGAAAUGCACAGUUUCUGCUGUCCCGGAGUGUUGCUAGUUCAUUUGAAUGUACAUACCGGAUGCUGACGCAAACAAGUUGGCCUAUAAUCCCUGAAUGAUAUAGCACAUACCGAUCUAUGCAUUUUUUCUCAUGCAUUGCGCACCGUUUCUCAUCUUUCCAUUGCUUUCCCCCAUCCCAUCCCUUUUUUAUGAUUGCUUUCUUUUCCGGGGCUCCAACGGCGACAGGUAGAGUUUCCCCCCGCAUGGCCGCGACGUGGCUCAUUUAAACAGGGCUGUGGCACAGGACUGCUCUCCAGUGCUACACCAACAGGCUACAAAGAGUAAUUUCCUCUCUCUCUCUCUGCAGAUGGAAAAAUGUGAAAAGAUGAAGAAUGAAAAUCUAUUUCUCAAGAGAGAGAGGAACUGGCCUCCUUAUCAGCCAUAAGCACAUGUUUGAGUGGCCAGAGACACUGACUUGAAGGGUAACAGAAGGCAACAACCAAAUCUUUCUUCCUCUCUCUCUCUCUGCCUUGUGGUUUAGGCUGAACCGCUCAAUGUGAGGAAAAACAGAGAGGUUCGGUUUUUUCGAUCGGUGAUUAAUUGCGGGAUAUUGAAAAAUAUUUGCAAAACACAAUAAAUGUAAAUGACAUUUUUGAGGAUUGGGUGAAAAUGUAUUGGUAAAUCCGACAAGAGUGCAAGGAUUUGUUUUUAAUUUUCAGAAAUGGUUCAUAACCUUGCGAGUGUACUCAUUAGAGGUCUAAGAUGUUGUCACAUCGCAACCAUGAUCUUCAGUGUCUUUUACUGGGAUUUAAUGUGAUUGACCACAGUAGUAUAUACCUGUGAAGGUGAAGGAAACAUUUUCAAAUAAAAAAAUGAAAAGAAGGGUGCUACGCAUUUAUCUUCAGCCCCCCCUUUAAAUCAGAUAUCCCUAAAUAAAGUCGAACAAAGCAACUUUAAGAAUCUCAGUGUAAAUGAAGCUUCUAUAUGAAGAUUUAUUAGAGAACGUUAGCAAAUAAACCGCAUUGUAACAGCCAAGGAACCCAGCAGACAGGUCCUUGGAACAUUUUGGAGAUG